AGCCUGGGCCUCGAGGAAAUGCUGGUAGUGCGAGGCCAGGAGGUCGUUCUGGAGUGUGAGGUGGCCGAACACGUCCAGGCCAUUCCUGGUGAUGACAGUGUUGAGGGCGAGGUGCGAUGGUUCCAUGAUGGUACUCAGGUGUUGGGUGACCUGCGGGUGAGCAUCAUGUGGACGGGUCGUCUGGUCAUGUCUCACGUCAUCUCAGCAGACUCCGGUGUGUGGUGGUGUCACCGUUCUGGACGACCUGGACCCAGACGACGACUACUGGUCACGAUUGCACCUGAGCGGCCGUUCCUGAUGUACGCUGGGGCUCAACUAGCACUGGACGCCAGACUCACAACCCGGGAGGGUAACUCCAUUACCCUCCACUGUGUAGUGGAGGGUGGUAACCCCUCCCCUUCCAUCACCUGGCUCCUGGCCACUCACGAUGUUACUCCCUCCAGCCAGGUUCGCUCCGAGUGGAGGGAGACAGAGGGAGUGUUCUACACCGUGAGCAACAUGACACUGAAUACCGUGGACAAGCAACACCACAACACCACUGUUGCCUGCAUGGUCACUCACCCCGCACUGCCAGUGCCUCUACGAGUACCAUUAAGGCUUAAUAUUGAGUAUUCACCAGACUUCCGGUUGCGUCGGUGGCCAGCCUGGGGUUCUCCUGUGAGGGAAGGAUCCAGUGUCUUCCUCUUGUGUCAUGUUGAUGCCAACCCUCCCUCCAUCCCUACCUGGGUCAAAGAGACGGAGGGAGGAUCAACGGAAGUAGCAUCAACGGACGAGUGGCUUAACAUAACCCGUGCGGGUAGUGAGGACCGAGGCUGGUACAAGUGUGCGACUACUCAUACCUUCGGUCACUUCUCCUCCCAUUCAGUCUUUAUUAAUGUUCUCGGUGAGGGUCGGGUGGGUGUGGUGUCCGCCCACACCCCACAGCUGCUGAGGAAGACCACCCCGCCGGACGACAGCCGCCCACAUUGCUACACCCACGCCCACAACGCCUCCUUCCACGCCCAUGACGCGGGACUAAUCCCACAAGGAGGAGUGAUGGUGGAGGCUGUCAACACGACAGUGCUUUCCAUGGGUGGGCGAACCACUGCACUGGCCGCCUAUGUGUGUGGCCGCCCACCGCCCACCUCCGUCACCUGGCUGCCGCCCGCCCACCUACCGCCCCUGGUGGCCGGCACUACAAGAGACAGGUUCCGGGCACACAACCUCACGGAAGGGGAGAUAGGAGGCUGCCUCUACACUGUGUUGACCAUCGUGGGUGUCCGCACCAGUGACGCCGGCAGAUGGGUCGUAGUAGCCGCCAGCCAGAAGGACGCCGACGCCGCCCUCAUCCGUCUUAAUGUUACGGCCGCCGCCCACUCCUUCUCCGCCAGCAGUGCUCACACCCACCAUCAACACCACCACGAAGCCCAUACCUUCACCAUCUUCCACACACCGCUAGUGGCAACUUUCAUCUUACUCUCUGCCUCUGCUCUCUGGCCCUGAACCUCACUUGACGUGAUGUAAAGUGUCAACUUCGUAAUUUGUUACUGUGGGUGCCAUCAUCGGCACUAACUUAACGUUUUCGUGCCAAUUAAAGCCCCCAAUAAACUCUGGGGGCCCAACAAGGGGGACCCAUAAACUGUGGGUGCCAGCUUUGGCGCUCGUUAAACGGUAGUGCCAACUUUCUAUCCCGAAAAAAACAAGGAGAGAGGGAGGCGGCUCUCUAAUAUACUGGCCUGAGCAAGCGUACCAUUGAAGUUCCAUCUUUUAUAUACUAUAUGCUGCGUACCUGUGUGCGUAGGUCUGCGUACCUGUGUGUAUAUGACUACAUACCUGCACAUACGUAGAUCUACGUGCUUGUGUGUGCAAAGAUACUGACUGUCUUAAAACUGUGAUAGUGUUGUGGCCGAGUGAUGAGGACAUUGUUACAAGGACAAAGAAGUAAUGAGAACACUGCCACGAAUACCACUAAGACAUUAUGAUAAGGACACUGUCACAAGGACACUCACGGGGUCACUAAUGGAUGGAGACACUGGAGGGAAGUAGUUGAAGAGAGCACUGUCACGGGGACCAAAGUGUAAAAGAAAAUAUAACAGUGUCGACAUGACAUUGGACACUGUCGUGCUGACACGUGGAAGAAGAGUCUCAAAAGAAUAUCAAUGACCUGAGUCAAUGAUGGAGUGAUGAGCGUAGUGAAGCGACUGUCAACGAGGACAACGUUGAUGGAUCGACAUUGAUAUUAAAACAUCAGUAUUACUAGACAGUAAAAUGAAACUGAACAUUCAACGUUUGGCGGAGAUGUUUGCAUUACCUCUAGCUAGCUAGCUACUUUGUCAUAUCAUGUUCAUAAUGAACCAUGACAUGAGGUGUGGCCUGGGGUUGGUGUGGCUCUGUGAGGGUGUAGCCUGAUAUACAUGUGGCACAAAUUCCUCUGUCUCAAGACUGAAACUACCUCAUAUUCCAGCGGCGGAGUGCCCGAGCAGCUGAUACUGUCAGCUCAACUUCGUACUAUACAUUUACACUUAAGAGCUUUGUGAAGAUUUCCCAAACACCCGUGACAUAAUUAACGUUAUUUUUAUUAUUAUAGUAAUCAUUAAUAUAUUAUGGGGAAACGCGAAAUUCGUACGGGUCAUAAAGUCUUGGGAAUGGGAAGUAAUUAGAUUUGAUAAAUGGAAAAGAAGGGCAGCUCUAGUACCUUGGACCAAGUGACCCUUUCACGAGCAUCAAUGAAUCCCCCACUGAUGCGUAACAACAUAAUGUUGACCUACAACCAGCCUUGAUAGACUGCAUUUACAAUACCUUUCAACGUUGCAGAAACUAUCUGAGAGAGUCUGGACCUGGACCAGUGCGGAGGUCAACGUACACAAGUGACUGCAAGUGUACUACAUACGUACUUUUAAGCUUGCUCCUUAUACGUAAUAUUCAAUGCUGUUCUACAGUGUACCUGAACAUGGGAGUGCAUGGGAACGACUGACAGCAGAUAACUUGGGUGUUCACAUCGAGGCUAUCUGCUGAAAGGAACUCUGCUUAUAUCUAGAUUAAGGAUUAUCAUGUAUUAUCUAACAUGCUUGAGGCAAGGAGAGUGCAGUAGAAGGCUCUCCUCUCCUGGUCUAAAACAUUAGAAAAUACAUGAUAAUUAUUAAUCAGGUUGAGACCUGGACCAGACUAGACUUAACCACUACCUGUCUCACUCUCCAGGUAUACUACCCGUUUAAUACAUGAUAGGGACCAGCAUCACCACACGAAUAUUGAGAUAAUAAUAUACCACAAUAUAACAUACAUAUAUAUACCAUAAUAUAACAUAGAUCUACAGUAUAUUAUAGUAAAAAAAGAUUUAUACCAUAAUAUAAGAAAGUUGUAUACCACAGUAUAAAGUGGAUCUAUACCGUAAUAUAACAUAGAUCUGUACCAUAAUAUAGCUUAGAUCGACACUAAAGUACAGACUAGAUUUAUACCAUAUUAUAAGAGAUCUAUACCAUAGAAUCUAUAUCUUUAUAUACAAAAUAAUCCAACAAAACUACAAGUGUCACCUGGCUGUUACUGAACGAAGGAUUAAGUCCUCAAUAUAUGUGCUUGAUGACCCACACUGGUUUAGCGCUUCUUAUAAAUAUACGAGACGCGAGUAGCGCAAACUUCAAUCCCUGUAAAUGAGCCACACCAUAGGCUAGCCAUGACCUACUAUAGGCAAGUCAUGAGCCACAUCAUAGGCAAGUCAUGAGCCACAUCAAAGGCAAGUCAUGAGCCACAUCAAUGGCAAGCCAUGAGCCACACCAUACUAAGCCAUGAGCCACAACAUAGGCAAACCAUGACCUACCAUAGGCCAGCCAUGACCUACCAUAGGCAAGCUAUGAUCUACCAUAGGCCAGCCAUGACCUACCAUAUUCAAGCCAUGAGCCACAUCAUAGGCAAUCCAUAAGUCACACCACAGGCAAGUCAUGAGCCACAUCAUAGACAAGCCAUGAACCACAGCAUAGGCAAGCCAUGAACUACAACAUAGGCACGCCAUGAGCCACACCAUAGGCAUGCCAUGAGCCACACCAUAGUAUGCCAUGAGCCACGUCAGAGGCAAGUCAUGAGCCACAUCAUAGGCAAGCCAUGAGCCACACCA